AUGCUGCCUCCAAGUGUGCCAGGUGUCUUUGACAUUGACAACAAACUGUCAGGGGCAGCAGCAGAGGGAACCAACAAGUGUCCAGUUGCCAGUGAAACAACCAAUGAUGUGUCCACUCACCUCAAAGAGGACAUGGCAGCUGAUCAAAGCCCUCCUGACCCUGCAGCACUGCCUCCAAGCUCACCAUAUAUCUGUGACUCUGACCACAAACUGACCAAGGAGGAAAAAGAGGAUGCCACAGAGUCCUCCCUUGCCACAGAGAUCACUGCAGGCAAUUCCAUUGUCCAGGGAGAGGACCUGGAUAAAAGCCCUGCUCCAAGGCUGCCUCCAAGCUUGUCACACAAUUUGGACAAUGUCCAUAAGCAGCCAGAGGAGACGAUAGAGGGCGCCACUGAGUGCUCAGUCGCCGCAGAGGCAUCAGUUGCUAAUAGAGAGGAUCCAUCGGCAGCUACAGCUCUUCACACAGUGCUGCCUUCAAGUCUGCAACUUGUCUUUGACAAUGGCUACAAACGGCCAGAGGAGGCAGUAGAGGGCGCCAGCAAGUGUCCAGUUGCCAGUGAAGCAGCCGCUUCUGUGUCUACUGUCCUCCAAGAGGAGUUUUUGACUCAUAAAAGUCCUCCUGCUCCCGCAGCACUGCCUCUAAGGCUACCCUGCACCCACAACAUUGACCACAAACAGCCAGAGGAGACUGUUAAGAACACCACAGAGUGCUCAGUUGACAUAGAGGCAUGUGCAGUUGCAUCCACUGUCAAGAGAGAGGAACUGACAGGUGAUAAAAGCCCUGUCCAUGCACUUCCUCCAAGCCUGGAAUGCAUCCAUGACAAGGACCACAAGCAGCCAGAUCAGAAAGGGAGGGGCACUACUGUGGAGUUGGAUAUCUGCCCUCACGGUCACCAGCUGGUCUCAGAUGCUAACUUAACUCUGGCAACCCGCAAUGAUGAGCUGCCCACCCCUCUGAUCUGCGUGGUCACUAAGACGCCUGUUAGAGUGGGAGCCUCCAUAUGCAGGUCAGAGGAGGAGGAACCCAGGCCCUGGACCCUGGAAGAGGCAAAGGAUUAUUGCAUUGGCAUUGAAAUUGAGAGUGAAGAGAGGAGCGUCAAGGAGAUGAGCCCGAAGGAGGGAUUGAAGCAUGAGGCAGACUGUGCCCAUUCCAAGUGCUCCAAUGGGAUGGUUUCAUCAGAGAGAGCAGUGACCAUCCUGGGAAGAGUGGGCUUUCUGGUCAUGAACCCCAUGAAGAAAAUCCCGUUUUUGAAGAUGAAGGAAAAAGAGGAAAAUAAGAAACUGAAUAAGAAGUUGAAAGAUGAUGAGAAAGAGAGAAAGGAGAUGAAAGACAAGGAGGAGGAGCAAAAAAAGAGGGAGAAGAAAGAGAUGAAUGAGAGAGAGAAAGAGCAGAAGAAAGUCAUGAAGGCUGAGAAAAAGAGGGAGAAGUUAGAACAGAAAAAGAGUGAGAAGGAAAGCAAAGAGAAGGAAAAGGCAGAGAAAAAGAGGUUAGAGGGGCUGAUGAAGAUACAUAAUGCCAUGAUGAAAGACAGAAUUAAGAAAGAGAAGAAGUGUUAUGAGGAGCUGAAAAAGAGAGAGAAAGCUCAAGCUGAGUUCCUGGAGAUGGAGCGAAAGAUUCAAGUAAAAGAGGAGAAGAAGAGAGAAAAGAUGAGGAAAGAGGAGAGGAAGAGACUGGAGAAGAAGAAAAAGAGGGAGCCAGCUGGAGGUGGAACUGAGAGGGUGAUAGAAGUGCAGGGAAGGGAUGAAAGCUUGAAGAUGGAUGAGUAGACUGGGUAAUAGA